AUGAGUGUUUUAUUUUUUAAAAGUGAAAUUAUUCUCGGCGAUGUAAUCGGGUACAGUGGGCCGACAGUCCCGGUUCAAACUUCAACCGAACAACCAUCAUCUGACAGAAAAACACCUAAAAACACCCUCCAGAAGAUCACCGGAAGAAUUGUAUACAAGGCUCGCCAGGAAAGUCAGAGGAUGAUACGGCCGAGAGGAUCUCCGAUCGAGAUGUUCUCCUCGAGGAGGCUGGCGAUCGUGUACCGGCGGGGUUUCUCUACAACCGGCCAGCGUUGUGUGGCUGAGCACCGUCGAGAAGACUCGAUUGGUUUUAUCGGACUUGGCGCUAUGGGACAGGAAAUGGCGGCCAACUUACUGGCCAAGUUCCAGGCUCCGAUCAGCUCCUUCGUCAUCCACGAUCACUCUCAAUCGUCAGUGACCCGGUUUGUCGAGCAACAUCCUCCUCUGGACUCCACAUCUGUCCCGAUCGUGACGGCAACCACGCCCGCCUCUGUUGCUCGGCUAGCUUCGACGAUCGUGACGAUGCUCCCAUCUUCGGCCGAAGUUUCGGAAGUGUAUCUGAACCUCAGCACCGGGAUUCUGGGGGGGCUUGCAGACCAUGCGAUUUGCGCCACGCUGUGCGUAGAUUCGACGACGCUCGAUGUCCGCUGUGCGACGACUGUGUCCGAGAAGCUCCGGGCGGCAGGGGCGGAGAUGCUGGAUGCGCCCGUCUCCGGCGGCGUCGUUGGUGCCAGAGAAGCCACGCUGACGUUCAUGUGCGGCGGCCCCGAAGCGACGUUCAACAAAGCUCAGCCCGUGUUGAACGCGAUGGGCAAGAAGACGAUUUACUGUGGCAAAUCGGGGAGUGGAUUGGCCGCCAAACUCACCAACAACAUGUUGUUGGCGGUCUCGAUGAUCGCUACCUCGGAAGCUAUGCUACUCGGACAGAAGCUCGGCCUGCAGCCGGAUCUGCUGGCCCGAGUGAUCAACUCGAGCACCGGAAGAUGCUGGAGCAGUGAGAUCAAUAAUCCUGCUCCUGGCGCUCUUCUCCCAUCCAAGGCGACCCCGGCAGAUCGGGACUGGCAGGGCGGCUUCGCGAGUCGAUUGAUGGCCAAAGAUCUUGGUCUGGCCUUGCAAGCCGCCCAAGCCGACCCGGCCCUCCUCGACCAACUCCCGGUCUCUAAGAUCGUCAAGGAGAUCUAUUCUAAGCUUGGCUCCGAUCCUGGGUUCUCUGGUAAGGACUUUAGUGUUGUUUACGAUUGGCUCCAGAAGAAUCACUUCCAGCCCAAGUGA